CAUCGUUAUACCACAACAGAUACAUAGAGCAGUGUUCUACCUCAAAAUAGGAGCAUUGAAACGGGAAGAAUUUGAGUCUUUAUCGUCCUUAAUAUCUCGCAAUGUUGUGUCAAAGAAAGCUUGCUAACAUUAGCUGAAUGCUAAAAGUUAAGCUUGCAUGUUCACUAGCCUGUGUAACCGCGAGCAACGCUGUUAAUUACAAGAACCACAUUUCCUAAAUAACAAAAAAACCCCACUGCUUCUAUCAUCAUUUGUAUUCUUUCGCUUGUCUUGUUAGACAUUCACAUAGUCACUACAUCCACUGGGCAGUGUUGUUCGAUGUUAGCAAGCUAGCUCCCACCUGGCCAGAGUGGAUUCAAUCCACUCAUCGCAAGCCUUUGUCCUGUCAACAACACGAGAGGUAGGGAAGCUGUUACAAGUACAAAAUGGGACGCCUCCAACCACCAACUAUAAUGGGGUAGAUGCUGUUCAUGCCUGCAACAUCCUUCAGCAGCUCAAAGCCUUGUACGAUGAAGCACAGCUCACAGACAUCGUUGUAGAAGUGGACCAUGGCAAGACUUUCUCGUGUCAUCGAAAUGUUCUUGCAGCAAUCAGCCCCUAUUUUAGGUCCAUGUUCACCAGCGGCCUUACAGAGAGCAGCCAGCGUGAAGUCAGAAUCGUAGGGGUGGAAUCUGAAUCCAUGCACCUGGUCCUGGACUAUGCCUACACAUCCAGGGUCAUGCUCUCUGAGUCCAACGUCCAGGCUCUGUUCACUGCAGCCAGCAUUUUCCAGAUUCCUGCACUGCAAGACCAGUGUGCCCAGUUCAUGAUCAGCAGACUAGACCCCCAGAACUGUAUUGGGGUCUACAUGUUUGCUGAUGCCUAUGGGCACCAGGAGCUGAGGGAACGCUCACAGGACUACAUUCGCAAGAAGUUUGUGUGUGUGUCGUGGGAGCAAGAGUUCCUCCAGAUGACCAAGGAGCAGCUUGUUAGCAUUUUGAACAAUGAUGACCUCAACGUGGAGAAGGAAGAACACGUCUACGAAAGCAUUGUGCGCUGGCUUGAGCAUGAUCUGCCUGGCCGUGAGGCCCAUUUAGCUGAGGUUUUUUCCCAAUGCAUCCGUCUGCCCUUGCUGGAUGAGGCCUUCCUAACUCGGAUACCUGCCCCCUUUGCUUGUGCCCUGUCUCUGUCUAAGGACCCUGCUGAGGCUAAAGCUCGCCUCACUGGCACCAAUGGUUGCCCACAGCGCCUGGGUAUGACAGCCUCUGAGAUGGUUAUCUGCUUUGACGCUGCUCACAAACACUCAGGGAAGAAGCAGACGGUGCCUUGCCUGGACACAGCCACAGGGCGGGUGUUCAAGCUCUGCAAACCACCCAAUGAUCUCCGGGAGGUCGGUAUCUUAGUGUCCUCAGAGAACGACAUCUACAUUGCUGGAGGUUACAGACCGAGCAACAGUGAGGUGUCCAUAGACCACCGGGCAGAGAGUGACUUCUGGCAGUAUGAGCAUGCAGGCAAUCGAUGGCUUCCACGUGCACCUCUGCUGAGAGCAAGGAUAGGCUGCAGGCUGGUGCACUGCUGUGGGAAGCUUUAUGCAUUGGGUGGGAGAGUUUAUGAGGGUGACGGGAGAAAUGCAUUAAAAUCAGUAGAAUGCUAUGAUGCCAGGGACAACUGUUGGACAGCAGUCAGUCCUAUGCCAGUAGCCAUGGAGUUUCACAGUGCUGUGGAGUACAAGGACCGCAUCUAUGUUCUCCAAGGUGAGUAUUUCUUUUGCUUCGAUCCUCGCAAAGACUACUGGAGUCAUCUUGCCCCAAUGAACGUCCCUCGGAGUCAGGGUCUGGCUGCCUUGCAUAAGAACUGCAUCUACUACAUUGCUGGAAUCUGCAGGAACCACCAGCGCACCUUCACUCUGGAGGUAUACGACAUCGAGAAGAACACAUGGAGCCGCAAGAGGGAUCUGCCUUUCGACCAAGCCACGAGCCCGUAUAUCAAGGCCAUGCUGCUGCAGGGCAAACUACACCUGUUUGUACGAGCCACACAGGUCAUGGUGGAGGAGCACGUGUUUCGCACCAGCCGCAAGAACUCCCUUUACCAGUACGACGACGAGGCAGACGUAUGGACCAAAGUCUAUGAGACACCAGAUCGCCUCUGGGAUUUGGGUCGCCAUUUUGAAUGUGUGGUGGCCAAACUUUACCCACAGUGUCUACAGAAAGUGCUUUGAAGUGGCUGGUUUUGUGAACCCAAUCAUUGAGGCAGAGGGAGUGGAGCGGUCCUGUCUGCCCUGUGCCUGGUGUAACCUUUGGGUUUGCACCACAAGGACCAUUUUUGGUUAAGUCUUAAGUCGUUCAAACUUUUGUUUAACAUGAUCAAAAUGGGGGUGCUUUUAAAAUAUUGCAGUAUUUUUUUUCAGACAGCACCAGCUACCCACACUGAUGCUUGUUUAACAAAACCGUAAAAUGAAUCAUAAGUGCAAUUAUCUUAUUUUUGCUUACUGUUGAGCCAUGUUGUUUUUUUGUUUGUUUGUUUUUGAUAGUUAUAUAGGUAGGGAUUUUUACUAAUGAUAAGCAUGCGAAUGAGGGUAUUGGCAAGAUAAAAGUGCCCUCUGGAGAUAUGGAUGCUACGUGUCAGCAUAAAGUGAAAAUCUAUAUAAAUAUAUAUAAAUAACUAUAUAAACUAUAUAUUCAUACGGGUAAGAUGAGUACCUUAGCUCAUUAGUAGGUUGCUGGCUCUGAGGUUUGUGUGUGGUUUUUUUUUUUUCCUAUUAUGUGCUAAAGUCCCUCUUCAGCUUAUUUUAUAGACAAGUUUUAAUUUGAAGUGUGCUUGUGAUUUACAUUACCUUAGUGUUUUUGAAGCUUGAAGCUUGUAUGAUAUUUCUCUCUUCCUUUACAUGUGUCAGUGUGUCAAACAAUACACUUUGUGUGGCUUUGCAAGCUGUUUUUUAAGUUUUGUUUGAGAUUUCAGUUGCAUGGGGGGCUCGUACCUCCCACUUUUUCAGUUUGCAUCCGUUUUGUGUCUCAUGUGAAGACAACUUAAGUGAAAUGUUAAGAGUACUCUCUCCACAUUGGAGAAAUAUGGACGGAGUCAAAUUUGUUGCAACACUAAGUGGAAAGUUCAGACCAACUAACAGGCUUACCUCAGAAACUUCAGAGAUAUUCGAUUAGGAGUAAAGGGACAUUUCAGGCCAUCGUGUUCAUAAAGCAACUUUGUGAUAAGCUCAGUUCAGCAUUGAGCUCUGUUGAAGUUGUUUUUUGUGUUGGAUCAUAAUUGUUUGCAAAUGGUUAAAAGAGCCUUCCUCUUUAAUGCCAAAUAAGCAUUUGAGGUUUUGUUAAGGUUGAUCUGGACAUUGAAAAUAAUUUUGUGGUAGCAAUAAGUCAUGGAACUGUGAUUAGGCUAUGUUAUGUUAUAAUACCUUAGUAAAAGUGCAUUAAUGGA